UUUCAGGUUGAUGGGUUUUGUUUUUGAGAGCCGACUUCUGUUGUAGUUAGAACUGCUGCCAAUGAUUCGUGCCUACCUGGGCUUACGAAGCUCGUCUGAAUUUUCGAUCCAAAAUGGGCACCUUCUCCGCAAUUUUCCUCUGACUAGCAGGAGAACCAUUCAAAGACGCUUAAAACACGAUGAUGAUGACCCUAAACUGAACAUCAAAUCCAGAGGAAACAAGAGUCAAAAGGUCAGCGCUGGCAUCCGCUCGGUGAAAGAAAACAAAUCUGAAGAUUUAAAGCUAAGUUUUUAUGACAAGAAUCGGGUAUUGGAUGUGUACAUGAAAAAAUUAGUUUUAGUGACAACGAACCGAGUUACUUCUCGCAAAAAUGAAGAGCUCAACGAAAGCCAGAAGGUCGAGAAAUCGAGACGAUCCAAAAAACUGAAUAAAACAAAGGAUGGUGAUCUUGCGUCAAGCAAUAAGAAGAGAAAAGAUGCUACAGUGUUUGUCCAACAGGAAGAUAUGGAAAAGGCUAAGAUCUCCAUCAAUGAAGCUCAGAAAAGGUUGAAAAGAUUGCCGCCGUUUGACGAGAAAAUUCUGAAUGAAGCACGAGACAUUCUAAACGAGACGGCUUUUUCAAGCCACCAAAGGAAAACUUACAGUUAUUGCUCGGGGCUGGUUAAAAAAACUGAAAAUAUUUUCAAGAAAGCUCAAAUUGGUUUGCAAACGUGUGCCAUGACAAACAUGUUACCUCUAGCAUUGCCGAGUAUUCAGAAAGCUUUAAGUACCCUGGGAAAUACUAAGAAGAAGAUUAAAAGCAUCGAUCCGACGUUUGACUUGUCAUAUUUCGAUUCUCCGAACUUCCAUCACGUCAUCACUCAGUUCAUCCGGGCCGUGACGCGAGGUGACCCUAGACGCGCGUAUGCUGACUGGGCUGUUAAAAUGAUGUACACCUCGGAAUUCAAACCCACGACUGAUUUGCUAAUGGCUGUUUUGAUUUUGCUCGACAAAAUUGGGGAACCGCCAAACCAUGUGAUAGUGAAAGUGACGCUUGAAAAGUUUGUCAAAGUAGUUUCGGAGGCUGACGCCAUAACGCUGCACGAAAUCAGUGCGUUUAGCAAAAAUGACUUGAAAUUAUUUUUCGGUCAAAUUGUGCCUCGGCUGCAAGAGAUUUACGAGAAAAGUGGCGAGAUUGUUUUUGACGAGAAGUUCACGAGCAAGUUGCCUACUGAUGAUAAAUUGGGCUCUUUGUUCAGUGCUGACCAAGUUUUGUACAGCAUGCUGCCAAGUGACGAUAGGUGCAUCCCGUUGAACUCAGAAAAAGUUCCCCCUCAACUUGACCUGUCCGAUAUAAUUUCACAUGAGGAGCUAGUAGAUAACAUGCACCGACAGCUGGGACGGGAGUCCAAAAUUAAUGUCACCAUGGAUUCUCUGGAAACUUCCACAAUACCGCUGUCAACAAAUGCAGCCAGCUGUGCGGCAACAAAAAACGACAACCAGGCUCUGAAUGUAGAACUGGAGACGAUUUUAGACUCGUGGAGGGAAGCGCUCUACAAAGCGAUUGUAGAAGAGCUUCAUUCUAGGAAGAGCUCAACUGACAUUUCGAAAGACAUUUUUCAAAUUCUACAAGUUUUGGAUUUGAAAAUUUUGAUCGAGCAAUUGAUCAAUAUCGCAUUUUCAGUUGGAGGCAAAGAUAGUUCUGUUCCUUUCCAUGAGUUGUAUCGAGAAAUUGAACAGUAUCUGUUUAAUAGCUACUACCACCAGUAUCUACGGUCUUUUCAGUACAUUGAAAAAAUUGAACAAAUUUACCCCCAAUAUGCUAAAAUGUUCUAUGAUCGAAACGUUGCUACUAAAAUGACGGCUAGUGAUUUAUGGCUCGAACUGCAGAAUAAAAAUUCAGACUUGGGUCCCGGCGUCCAUGCCUUUCCUGAACCUUGGCCCAAAAAAAUGUGCCAUGAUGUCUCGCAGUUUCUUGUUCAUUUGAUGCUCAAAAAACUUCAGCUUCCGUUCAGCUUUGUGGAGAAGUUUCUAAGCAAGCAAACUGAACAAUCGCUUCAAGAUGCUGGGUUGUUUUACCUCUCGAGUAAAAAUGGUUCCAUUGGCUGGACAAUGGUACCCUGUUUUUCUUGUCGCUACAUCUCAACUAUGCCCAAAGGAUUCAGUGACAAGAAAAACCUAAAUUCAAUGCAUACGCACAUACAUCUGUCUCCUCAUGAAUAUUUUGCCAAGUUGGUUCGCAAAUUGAAUCGCGGAAAAGUUGUGAUGUUAUCCACUUCAGUUCCUUCGUUGGUACCCCCAGUUCCUUGGGUCAGCCAGAAUCACGGCGGCUACCUUUCAAGUCCCGCCAUGUUCAUGAGAGAUAGCAGAGAUGACACUUCUCUUGCCAAUAUGACUGACUUCAAGCGGAAAAUUGCGGCGGGCAAUUCGGAUGUGAUGAAUUUUCUGGACAGCGUGUUCACGUUUUCGUCGGUUCCUUGGAAAAUCAACAAGAAUGUUUUAGACGUUGUAAUGCAUUUGUUUCGCUCAGGUGGAAAUUUAGACCUGGAGAUUCCACUGUCGGAAGACGAAUGCGAGAAGUACUACCUUGAAAACGAACCCUGGGCUGAGGAAGAUGAUCUUAAUCCUUAUCUUAAACAGUGCUUAAUGAGAAAGGUGAUUAGGGAAAACUUUUCUCUACGGAUGACGCUUUUGUACCAACUGAGCAUUGCAAAUUUAGUCAAAGAUGAGAAGGCAUUUUGGUUGCCCAGCAAUAUUGACUUCAGAGGACGAUGCUACGACAUCCCACCUGUUUUCAACCAUAUUUGUGACGAUCGAACCCGCGCCCUGUUCUUGUUUGCUCAGGGGAAACCUCUUGGUUCCAAAGGAUUAACUUGGCUGAAGCUUCACUUAGCUAAUUUGACAGGAGAAUGCAAAAAAAUGGCGUAUGAAGAGCGACUUGGCUUCAUCGUCGCACAUCUGCCUCUAAUUCUGGACUCUGCUCGAAAUCCUUUGGCCGGAUUGAAAUGGUGGACAACAUUAGAUGAACCUUUUCAAGCUCUUGCUGCUUGUUGUGAACUUUCGAAAGCGACCAAGUUAGCUAACCCCGAAGAUUUCAUAUGUCAUUUGCCGGUACAUCAAGACGGGUGCUGCAACGGGUUGCAACACUAUGCAGCAUUGGGACGUGACGUAAGCGGUGCCAAAAGCGUGAACGUUUUACCCUCUGAAGUCCCUCAAGAUGUGUACGGAGCCGUGUGCGAUAUUGUGCUGGAGAAGAUCCGGAAAGAAAAGCGGGAUGACUGUCGGGACAUUGCGGAACUGGUAGAGCCAUUGGUUAACCGAAAGGUCGUCAAGCAGACUGUGAUGACUCAAGUUUAUGGCGUCACUUAUUAUGGAGGCAUUUUGCAAAUAAGAGCCCGCUUAAAGGAAACCGAAGCCCUUGAUUCGAAGGAACUGUCACUGGCGACCUCAUAUGUUACUAAUCUUGUCUUCGCGAGUAUUGGAGAUCUUUUUGUGUCGACUGGAAAGAUCAAAACCUGGCUCAGAGAAAUCGCAAAUGAAAUUGCCAAGGCCGGGUUGCCAGUUCAAUGGGUGACUCCUUUAGGCCUGCAAGUCAUUCAAAGUUACACCAAGCGUAUGUCAAAUAAAAACUUCAUCAACAGUCCGACGAAUAACAUGGCGACGUUAAAUAUAGUUAGAACUCCGGCGGCUGCUAAACACAAGAACGCUUUUCCGCCAAACUACAUCCACAGCUUGGACGCAACUCACAUGUUGUUGACAGCUCGCUCUUGUUUCAAACAAGGAGUCACUUUUGCCCACGUGCAUGAUUGUUUUUGGACGCAUGCGUGUGAUGUUGAUGACAUGAACAAAAUAUGUCGCGAAGAGUUUAUAAACCUACAUAAACUGCCGCUAUUAGAGAAUUUCGCGGACUUCGUGACUAAUAAUUUGCUGCCUGUUAUAAAAGACGAUAGGCGAAAAGACAGACUGACAAAAUUAUUGAAAAAUAUUCCCCCAGUGGGUGAUUUGGACAUGGAAGAGGUGAAGAAGUCCGUUUUCUUCUUCUCCUAGUCAAAAUUACUGGUUCUGUAUCCUUUAAUGAAAAUUUAGAGUUAUUCGUGUGUUUUUUCUUG